UGUCCUUUGGCGGCAGUCGCCGCAUGAGGUUCAGGCAGGACGAGAUCACUUCCGUAGACUCCGCCAUCCUUGUAGCCGGUGGGGACUGCUUUGCUCUGCUCUGUAGCAACACAGCAAGCAGCAACACCCAUCGAUGCGUUCGCCAUCUCGCCGAGGGAAUGGGGGCUCCGCAGAGUGAACGAAUGUACAUGGUUUUGGCCCUCCAGCGGCCUAGCUACCUCUUGCUCUGUCCCGAGCGCACUCCAGCUUGUGCUACCAGCAGGCAAAGGAAGUGCCGUUUAAGGCUUACUGAGGUCGAGACAAUGGCCGACUACGUGGACGAGGCGGAGUACGCGGUGGAACCAGUCAGCGACCCCGAAAAGCUCGAGAUCGCCACCCACAUGCUCAUGGCCAGCCCGCCGGGACAGUUUUGGGAGGUUUUGACAGACGUUAGGAAGCUGCUGCCGGAGGGACUUCUUGACGACGCGAGAGCCCAAGAGGUGGCCAAAGCUUACAACGCACAGGAGGGUGUCAUUGUCGAGGUCGGCGACCACAACGCCGUCUUGGCCGCGGAAGGAGCGGUAACCGGCGGCGGUUUCAAGGACAGCCUUGGGGGAGGCGUUUUUGCGGUGGAUCACGUUGCGACCCAGGUCACUGGCGAGGGGCCAGCGGUAGGCGAGGCCGAGGAGGCCGCCGCAGACCCCGCGCUGGAGGAGCAGCGACAGGCGUUACAGGAGGCGCUGGAGGAAUACCGAGCCAGCCACUUCUCAGUCGCCGAAAAAUCUGCCGCCUGUGUGUUCGAAAAAGACGGCGGCGGAGGCCUGGUGGCGUACGUGUCCGCCCGCAAGCACAACCUUAGGAACUGGUGGAGCGGGACCUGGAGCGGAAGGUAUUCCGUGGCGGUUGGGGCAGGAUCAGCGGAGGUCUGCGGUGCGAUAGCUGUGCGGGGGCACUACUUUGAGAACGGUAACAUCCAGCUGCAGACGUCGAAACAAGUUGGAGCGAAAACGGUCGCGUUCACGAGCCCCGAGUCGUUGGCGGAGGCGGCGGUGGCGUACAUCAAGGAAUCCGAGAGCGCGCUGCACGAGGGUCUUGAGGAGAUGUAUGACAGGAUGCCGGGUGUUACUCUGAGGAGCAUGCGGCGCACGAAGCCCAUCACGGCGGACAGCUUCACGUGGAACGUCGCCAAGAUCCGCAUGCGGAACACGCUCGCGCAGGCCGCGACAAACAAGUAGACAAAACAGCAACCCUUCCUGCAUGAUUUGUCUUGUUGCUGGUGUUGGUAGUUUGUGGACCCUCGUUGGUGGAAGGUCGCGUACUAGGGUCGUUCAAAGCGUGAUUAGUCGAGAUCGUAGAGGGUCAACCUGGCACAUCCAAACGCUGGCCGCAAAUGGGAGUAGUACCAGACGAUUUGCCGGUAGGGGGGGGGUCGGUCGCGUAUUUUGAGCGAGUCGCCCGAACGACCGUUUUUAACGGUCGCCGCGCUAUUACUAAAUCACAUUAUCAGCAACGAAUAACUUGGAAAGGAUCGCGUGACACCGGGCCACUCGGGGCCGCGAGCGAAACCGAAAGCAGCCGCCAAUCGUGUAUAGCUCGGUUCUACUCACACAAACGCACUUUUUUUCCAGCAAAACCGUCAAUGCAGGAGAUGCCUUCAAGACGUCGUCCCCGCCCUUUGACCUAACGUUGGUCGUCCUUACGUUGUAGAGGAGGCGGGCUAUCGCAUCUUAGAGCCUUGUUACUCGUCUUUUCAGGUACCGAAAGCAGUCCGGGUGAAUUUCAGGAACAUGAAAAGUGGUUCGUUUGUGGACCCGCCUUGCAAGCACUGCCCGCUGUCGCGACGCGUGACAGACUCGACCACAACUCUGUCUUGGGAGUGAGACCGGUGAACAGCCCCCCAAGGUGCGGAGAACGUGUUACAGGCACUGGUGAUGCUCGUAUGCCGUUAUAAUUGGAUUUAGACUGUCUGGAAGCGGAAGGCGAAGCGUAACUGUAACGAUGUCCGGUUUGAUGACACCAUCACUGCUGUCCCGUGGAACUCUUUCUAUUCUGUCAAAAGGCGGAGCAGGGCUGAUGCAAACAACCUCCAAACACCCGUCGACACAAGAGACUCUUCGGGGCGU